AUGGCGCAUAGUGGUGGUGUUUUAAGUUCAGAUAUAUCUCGAAGAAACCCUCAAGAUGAGUACGAGCUCAUUCAGAGAAUUGGUUCGGGCACUUACGGAGAUGUGUACAAGGCGAAACGUCUCAACGGUAGCGGUGAGCUUGCAGCCAUCAAGGUGAUAAAGUUGGAGCCUGGUGAUGACUUCGCCAUAAUUCAGCAAGAGAUUUUGAUGAUGAAGGACUGCCGGCAUCCUAACAUAGUGGCUUACUACGGCUCAUACUUGAGAAGAGAUAAACUAUGGAUUUCUAUGGAGUAUUGUGGAGGGGGCAGUUUACAAGACAUCUAUCACGUGACCGGUCCAUUGACGGAACUACAGAUAGCCUAUAUGUGUAAAGAGACUUUAACCGGUCUAUCAUACUUACACAGUAUGGGGAAGAUGCAUAGGGAUAUAAAGGGAGCCAAUAUACUUUUAACUGAGUGCGGUGAUGUGAAGCUCGCUGACUUUGGUGUGUCAGCACAGAUUACUGCUACUAUCAAUAAGAGGAAGAGCUUCAUCGGUACACCAUAUUGGAUGGCACCUGAAGUGGCAGCGGUUGAAAGGAAGGGUGGUUAUAAUCAACUGUGUGAUAUUUGGGCGUGUGGUAUUACAGCUAUAGAGCUAGCAGAACUCCAGCCUCCGAUGUUUGAACUGCAUCCAAUGAGGGUGUUAUUCCUCAUGUCCAAGUCGGGGUUCAAACCCCCACAGCUUAAGGAGAGGGAGAGGUGGUCGCAACUGUUCCACGCGUUCCUCAAACUGGCCCUCACCAAGAACCCCAAGAAGAGACCCACAGCUGACAAGCUUUUACAACACGCUUUCUUCCAACAAGACAUGUGUAAACGCCUGGCUAUCGAAUUACUCCACAAGUAUUCAGACCCUCCCAAUUGUAACCAGGAAAUGGAUGAAGAUGGGGGUGUUUCGGAUGUUCCUCAACGUAUCGCCUCUCGUCAAACGAGAAGAGACAGACCACAGCAUCUAAGAUUGGACCACGCUCUUAGAACAUCCGAAGAACGUCGUUCAGGAGUUUAUGAUGAGUCACCAAUAGUUGAACUAGACCCUGUGGAUGAAUUGGUGGAUAGGGAGGACGGAGGAACUGUGAGGAGGACCGGUUACCACAGACAGACGAGCGAAGACUGGAGCGUAGCCUCUAUCAUGAGUUGCCCCAAACACAACCCGCUGUCACAAGACCUCACAACAGACUCAAUGCCUACCAGCGAGAAGAGCCUCUUGCAAUAUAUUGACGAAGAAUUAAUGCUCAGGGCUACAUUACCUCUCACCGCUGAAAAUGCGUCUAUAGCACAGGCAAAUUCAGGUCUAUCUAUACACGACCAACAUCUCUCGCAAUGUAUACAGUUAAAACAGAAUUUCCUAAACAAUUCAACGACCAACGUCUACCAGAGCAUCGCAUCUAACUUCCAAUCACCUAUCGGCAACUCAUCUAUAUCUAUAGAUGAUCCAUUAAUGAGGAAACACGACGCUGACAUACUAUACGUAGAUCAACAGGACGAUUCAAAUCAUUCGCAGUUCAGAAACGCGAAUUGUGAAUGCGGUUUAUGUCCUAAACCGGAAACUAGAGAGAAUAAUACGUUAAGUGAUCUACAGAGGUCGGUAGCAUCGAAAUGCGCAUGCGACGCGUGCAAUUCAAACGGGGAUAUACUAAGUUAUUACAAACAUUGCUCAAACCAGAACACAGAUUCUGGUAUAGUGUACUGUGAUGUGUGCAAGAAGCAGAAAAUAUCAGUAUCUAACUUCCGAGCACUGCAAAUAGCUAACCGAUUGAGGAUAUCCGAUUCAACGAAAAUAGAAAACGGAGAAACAUCGGAUGAUGAUUUAUGCAGAAAGAUAGAUAUGAGUCUCAAUAUGGAUGAUAAAUACGAACACAGAAAGAGGCAUAACAGACAUCAUUCAGAUUCAGCCGCGGCCGGCAUAGACUUGAGUCAGUUCUGUCAAUGUGAACUAGAAAAUAACACCAAGAGAAAAACGUCUUCAGUAGAUGAGAUAUUCAAAAUGGUGGACGAGAACGGAAGGGAAGCGGAAGUAGCGGAUGAGGAAGUUAAAACUGGCCAGAGACAAAGAAGUCUGUCUGACAGUCAGAGAGAUAAGGCUAAAGUGGAAAACGAUGCAUCGUCAACUCCGCCCGUACCUCCUCGGAGGUCUAGAGCUCGUCGUACUAGAACACCUCCAAGACCCGCGCCAAAUGGACUCCCUCCCACGCCUAAGGUCCAUAUGGGAGCAUGCUUCUCUAAGGUGUUCAACGGUUGUCCGUUGAGGAUAAACUGCACAGCAUCAUGGAUUCAUCCGGAUACGAGGGAUCAACAUAUACUUAUAGGUGCUGAAGAAGGUAUCUACACAUUAAACCUCAAUGAGCUUCAUGAGACAGCUAUGGAUCAAUUGUGUCCGAGAAGAACUAUAUGGAUGCAUGUCAUUAAAGAUGUUCUCAUGUCACUCUCUGGUAAAACUCCUUCCCUCUAUCGACACGAGUUACUCUCACUAUCAGGCAGUGGUAGAGGCGGUAGAAGUGGGGCGAGGUCACUUCGAGUGGUGCCAUCAAGAUUAUUACCACGAAGAUUCGCACCAACAACUAGAGUACCUGACACAAGAGGUUGUACUCGUUGCGCGGUCGCUCGCAGUCCAUACAACGGGUACAAGUAUCUAUGCGGCGCGACCCCGGCAGGUCUAUUUCUGAUGCAGUGGUAUGAUCCACUCAGGAAGUUCAUGUUGCUCAAGAAUAUAGAAUGUGUUCUACCCUCACCGUUGCUCGCCUUUGAAUUGAUCAUUACUCCCGAGUUGGAAUAUCCUCUGCUCUGUGUGGGAGUUACAAGGAAACCUCUCAGGCUGAAUCUGAUUAAUAUAAACUCUGGUGCGAGUUGGUUCAAUUCCGAGGAGUUGGCAUUACUACCAGGUGGAUCAAACACUGUUGUACCGAGACCUGAACGACUUCACACAUUGAGGGCUGUAAGACAACUUAAUAAAGAUUCGGUACUUGUAUGUCACGAGAACGUCGUUGACAUAAUACCAGUGUUGCCGUUCGAGAGACGAAGAAAUAAAUUACUGUCGAGAAUACAGUUCGACUUUAAUAUUGAUAGUAUAUUGUGUUUGGCUGACUCCGUGCUGGCCUUCCAUCGUCAUGGAGUCCAGGGUCGGUCUCUGAGGAGCAACGAGGUCACCCAGGAGAUAACAGAUGCUUCCAGAGCAUACCGACUGCUGGGACAUGAUAAAGUUGUUGUUCUGGAGUCACAUUUAUUGCAGAACAACACACUAUCGGGUGAAGAUGGAAAUGAUUUAUACAUCCUGGCCGGCCACGAGGCUUCAUAUUAA